GCGGCCCAAUUUCUCGCGUCACAGCAGCCAAUGUUGUGUCUACUUAUAAGAUGUCUGUGUAGGGAACCAUAUAACCAAUAACCGUGUCUUACCUUGGCGUUUGUGACCACCCACCGCUAGUGGGCGCUAAGUCAAAAAAUGUGUGCGGUUUUCUUCCCUAAACAGGAAGUCUCAAAAACCUGUUCCACUUGUCCGUUUUCCCCUCACGGUUUUCUUAAUUUAUGACCUCCUAUCCUCGACUAAGCUGACAAAGUAAACCUCAAAAGGACAAACUAAUUGACCGUUCAGUCCACUCGCAGUCGCGUUCGCCCGGAGUUAGCCAAGCGAGCUACCUCCAUGCUAGCUUGCUGGCUAGCGGCUGUCAUGGCGCCAAGUUGACUCUCCGGCCACCAAAAAAAAAAAAAAAAAAGAGGAAAAGUCGUCGGACAACAUUUUCUGUUUAUGGCAGUGACGGCUGAAAGCUCACCAAGAUGAGGAGAUUGAGCAAAAAGAAAGCCUUGACGCUGGUCAAAGAGCUGGACGCUUUCCCGAAAGUCCCCGAGAGCUACGUGGAGUCGUCAGCCAGCGGCGGCACAGUGUCGCUGAUUGCCUUCAGUGCCAUGGCUGUUCUCGCCUUCCUGGAGUUCUUCGUGUACAGAGACACUUGGAUGAAAUACGAGUACGAGGUGGACAAAGACUUCAGCAGCAAACUGCGGAUAAACAUCGACAUCACAGUAGCCAUGAGAUGCCAGUAUAUAGGUGCAGAUGUUCUGGACCUGGCUGAGACCAUGGUCGCUUCUGACGGCCUUAAAUAUGAACCAGUCAAUUUCGAAUUGUCGCCACAGCAAAGACUAUGGCACAUGACUCUUCUUCACAUCCAGGAACGGUUAAGGGUGGAGCACUCCCUGCAGGAUUUGAUCUUCAAGAGUGCGGUGAAAGGAGCUCCAGCUGCUCAGUCUGGCAGCAUGGACAGCAGCAUAUCUUUGACCGCCUGCAGGAUUCAUGGACAUCUGUACGUCAACAAGGUGGCCGGAAACUUCCACAUCACAGUUGGCAAGUCCAUCCCACAUCCACGAGGCCACGCCCACCUGGCAGCUCUCGUCAGCCACGACAGUUUUAACUUCUCCCACCGCAUCGACCACCUGUCUUUCGGAGAGGACAUCCCUGGCAUCAUCAGCCCCCUCGACGGCACAGAGAAAGUCACCACAGAAUCUAACCACAUGUUUCAGUACUUCCUCACCAUUGUUCCUACCAAACUCAACACCUACAAGGUCUCGGCGGACAUGCACCAGUACUCGGUCACGGAAAGGGAACGAGCCAUAAACCACGCUGCAGGCAGCCACGGCAUCUCAGGGAUUUUUAUGAAGUAUGACAUUAGCUCUCUGAUGGUGAAAGUCAGCGAGCAGCACAUGCCGCUAUGGAAGUUUCUAGUCAGGCUGUGUGGCAUCGUUGGAGGUAUCUUCUCCACUACAGGCAUGCUGCACGGCAUGGUGGGCUUCUUGGUGGACGUGGUCUGCUGUCGCUUCCAAACGACGGUCUACACACCUCUCAAGGAGGAGGAUCCUGGUGCGCAGCAGACCGACCAUCAAGCCCCGCCUCCUCCUGCAGAGUCCAACUCAGUCGUGAGUCAGCUGACGUCUUGCUCUUCUUGAAAGCUAAAUAAUGUCACCUUUUAGGAAAAAAAAAAGUCCCGUAUUAUCACAAAUGACAGUGUUUUAACAUUAAUACCACACACACACACACACACACAAAAGGUGCCUAUGUGUAAACGUUUAUUAAAUCAAAUCUUGAUAUCUUGUUAUAUCUUCUGUAUUGUCAUGACAAGUAAAACAAUCUCUUGUCCACCAUGUCAAGAAGUUUAUUUGACAGGAUUUCAGAAUAUCUUUCGGUAAACAAGGUUUUUUUUUUUUUUUUAAACAUUUUUCAAUAGCAAAAUGUAAUAUAUCAGUACUGUCGCAUUUCAUAAAAAUAGUUGUUGACGUCUUUGAAACUACAGUAUCAACGAUACAGUAACCCAUAUUUGUAGGAAUACAGCUGUACAAGGUGAAGCAGGUCAACACCAACACACGAUGCAGGUCGGGGAUGGACGGGUGUUGUUUGCUCUUUGCAUGUCUCUUUUUUUCUUCACGCUGUAUAAAAUGACUCACAAAAAGGCAAGGGCGGAGGUGGGAGGAGCGUUUCUGACAUUUGACCUUUUUUUUCUUCCAAGCAACUUGCUAAUAAUACACGUCACUUGCUCAAAAACGGAGACAUUGAAUGAGUGAAGA